AAGGGAAACCAAACAAUGAUUUCUGAAUUCAUCCUCCUGGGAUUUUCUGAUGAUCCACAGCAGCAGCCAUUCAUCUUUGGGCUAUUUUUCUUCAUGUACCUCAUCGCAGUGCUAGGAAAUCUGCUUAUCAUCCUGGCCAUUGGAUUCGACUCUCACCUUCACACACCCAUGUACUUCUUCCUGAGCAAACUAUCUUUUGUGGACCUCUGCCUCACGACCACCACCCUCCCCAAGAUGCUGCUCAACAUCCAGACCCGGAAGAAAACCAUCUCCUACACUGGCUGCCUGACGCAAGCUUACUUUUUAAUUUUUUUUGCCUUUAUGGACAGUUUCCUCUUAACGGCCAUGGCUUUUGACCGGUAUGUGGCCAUCUGCCAUCCUUUAUAUUACACCACUACCGUAAACCCGCAGCUCUGCGUCUUCCUGGUGGCCGGGUCCUGGUUUAUCACCUUUCUCCAUGCCCUGUUGCACACUGUCAUGACGGCUCGGCUCUCUUUCUGUGGAGACAACGAAAUCCCUCACUUCUAUUGUGAUCUCACCCCCCUGCUCAAGCUUUCCUGCUCUGACAUCAGCACCAACGAGGUUUUGAUUUUCACUGUAACUGUGCUGCUCGGUUCGGCUCCUGCGAUGUGCAUCGUUGUCUCCUACAUCCGCAUCGUCUCCGCUGUGCUGAAAAUCCCAUCUGCAGAGGGGAAGCAGAAAGUCUUCUCCACCUGUGGCUCCCACCUCACCGUGGUCACUCUGUUUUAUGGGGCUGGCAUGGGGGUGCACUUCCAACCUUCAUCUAUCCAAUCCAAGCAUGAGGAUUUGCUAGCCUCUGUGUUAUACACGGUGGUCACCCCCAUGCUGAACCCCUUCAUCUACAGCCUGAGGAAUAAAGACAUGAAAGGGGCCCUGAGGAAACUCUUCAGCUGCGAAACAAUCCCCAUGCAGAAACUCUGA